CUCCCAUAAAACUGUAAGUAUAAAAUAAGGAAUCAGUGGUGGUACUUUUCUCAAAAGUGCAGUUCAUCAAAGGAACGUCUUGGUCUCAUUAACAGGGGAAUCUUCUGCUUUCCAGUGUGAAAAUGGUGAAUUAUGAAGUGACCGUAUCCACUGCCAAUCUUGCAGCUGCCUCCACUUUUCACAAUGUCUACAUUAAACUGGUGGGCACAGAUGGGGAGAGCGACCGCAAGUGGCUCAUAAGCCUCAAAGGGGCUUUAUCCUUCAGCAAAGGAGCAGUGUCUACAUUUACAGUGUCCCACCCUGUCUCCAUUGGAAAGCUGGUCCUGAUAGAGCUAAACAAACAGCAUCUCCCACUAAUGCCAGAAGACUCUUGGUUCCCAACCAAGGUGGUAGUGAAAUCCCCUGAGGGAGACAUCUACAACUUUCCCAUCUACCGCUGGAUCACUGACUGUGAGGUGCACCGCUUCAGAGAGGGAACAGCUCUGACAGUCUUUGAAGACAAUCAUCAUCUUGGUAGGUACAGUCGAGAGCAGGAGUUGAAUCAGCGAGAGCAAGACUAUCGCUGGGAUGUGUAUGCAGAGGGAAUACCCCACUGCAUAAAGACAGAAGGCCCACUUUCUCUGCCUGCUGAGGUCCGCUUCUCCUUCACCAAGACCACAGAGUUUCUCUACACUGCAUCCACUGGGCUGACUGAGCUGCAACUGAAGGGACUGGCUAAUAGCAAGGAGAACUGGCCUGAUAUUGACUCUAUCAGUCGGGUGUUCUGCUGUAAACGGACUGACAUAUCAGACUAUGUCCAGGGGCAUUGGAAGGAGGACGCUUUUUUUGGCUACCAGUAUCUAAAUGGUGUCAACCCCAUAUUGAUCCGACGUUGUUCAACUCUGCCCAGUAAUUUUCCCGUUACUAACGACAUGGUCUUCAUCCGUGGUCAGAGAAGCUUGGAGGAUGAAAUGAAGAAUGGAAACAUAUUCCUGUUGGACUACAAAAGUUUGGAUGGAAUAAAAGCCAACAUCAUCAAUGGGAAGAAGCAGUACCUGAUGGCUCCCCUGGUCCUGCUCCACAAAACACCUGAUGAUAAACUGAUGCCAAUUGCUAUUCAGCUGAAGCAGACUCCAGCAGCUGACAACCCCAUCUUCUUUCCUACGGAUUCUGAGUAUGACUGGUUGACGGCCAAGAUUUUCGUGAGAAGUGCAGAUUUCAACGAGCAUCAACUCAACGUUCACCUGCUGCGCACUCAUCUGCUGGCUGAAGUUUUUGCCGUGUCACUGCUGCGCAACAUGCCCAUGGUGCAUCCCCUGUACAAGCUCCUCGUAGCUCACACUCGCUACACGAUGCAGAUCAACUUCUUGGCUCGACUUGUUCUAAUAUCUGAAAGUGGAGUUUUCUCAAAGUUUGCAGCUUCUGGUGGAGAGGAUAUGUUGCCAUUUCUGAAGAAAUCACUGUCCUCACUGACCUACAGCUCCCUCUGCAUACGAGACGACAUUGCUGAGCGAAGGCUGGAGGCUGUGCCGAACUUCUACUACAGGGAUGAUGGAAUCAAGCUUUGGGAUAUCAUCCACAGGUUUGUGCAGGGAGUGCUCAGCGUCUACUACAAGAAUGACGCUGAGGUCCAGAAAGACUCAGAACUGCAGAAGUGGAUUUCGGACAUCUUUGAGCAUGGAUUCCUUUCCCAAGCAGGCACAGGAAUUCCUCAGAGCUUUACCACCGUGCCUGAGUUGGUCAAGUUUGUCACCAUGGUGAUCUUCACUGGCUCAGCACAGCACUCGGCUGUGAACGCUGGACAGUAUGACUAUGGUGGCUGGAUGCCCAACACUCCCAUCUCCCUGCAACUUCCUCCACCAACAACAAAGGGAACAACAAGUGAGGCCACGAUGCUGAAGACGUUUCCUGACAUCAACACAACAGUCCAGGGAAUGUCCACAUUGUGGCUACUCAGCAAGCAGUCAUCUGACUUCGUCGCUCUCGGCCAGUACCCAGAAGACCAUUUCAGUGAGGAGAUUCCUCGCAAGCUGAUAAAGGAUUUUCAAGGAGAGCUUGAAGUGUUAAGUGUGGCCAUCAAAGUCAGAAACAAGAGUCUUGAGGUCCCAUACACGUAUAUGGAUCCAAUGGAGGUAGAAAAUAGUGUGGCCAUUUGAAUAUCAGGAGGUGUGACCUCCUCAGCUGUUGACCAAAUUCAGCUUCAUAUUAACAAAAAUGAGAAAGAGAAGAACUGCAUGUCCUAUUUACUGAUAAAUAUCAUAAUCCAAAAUUAGAGUAAAUUCCAAUCAAGCUUUUUUCAGUGAACAUUUUGUGCUAUAGAAAUAAAAACAAACAUGGUGCAUAUAAAUAUAAAAUCAAUGUGGCGAAUUUGCCAUUUAAUAUUCACGGAAAAGACCUAAUUGAACACAGUGCCAAAUAAAUAAUUACUCAGCAUAUUGUUAUAAUGAUUAAAAACUCUUAAACUUCGUAAUGUUUUUUCUCUAUAUUCUACAAAAUCUUCAUAUUAUGGAAAAUGUAUCUUGUUUUGUUGUAGUGGGAAGUGUUAAUUGAUACUUUCUCUGAUGGUGUUUGAUUUUUAAUUUUGUUGGUGGUGGUGGUGGAGGAGGAUUAAUUAUUGGCUGUAAUCUUAUAACAACAGAAUAUUUAACAAAGGUAGAAACAACAGAACACACAGACUCUGAUAAGAUAAGUUACAUAGCUUCCAGACAGACAGAUUGGUCAUUGUGUUUGUUUAGCAGCUUAAUAAAGAUCUGAUGCGUGAUAACAAAAUUCUGUCGAAGUGCCACAUUUACAAGCACUGUGAUGAUUACAUUAUUGAUCUAUAACAUUUAACUUCCUAGUUGUUAUCAAGAGAAGUAACGUGUUAUGCGUUUAUAUUGUUACACAAUAAUGAAUAGGUCCCAUUGUUUUUCUGCAACAGUUGUUUGGUGAGCUUAUAUGUUUUCAUCUCUGCCUGAGCUUACUGGUUCAUACUGGUCAACCUGCACUUGGUGAUUUUUGCUUUCAUUGUUCACAUUUCAUUGUAAAGACUUUAUUGACUUGA